UCUGCGUGGAGCGCACGAUAACGUGAUAUAGCUUUCUCUCGGUCUAAAACCCUUGCUCUCCCAUAAAACCCUGAAAACGGAAUUCGUUGAAUCUCCUUCGCCGGCUUCACUGAAUCAAAUAUUAUAUCAUUAGAAAUCACCUUAUAAUCGGUGAAUCGAUUAUCAAUCGAUGUCGUUGAAAGCUAUAAAUCUGGAGAGAGUGAAAAACAAUGUCUCAAACCCAAAAGUAUGGAUCGUGAUCGGCGUCAGCGUCGCCGGCAUAUUGAUCCUCACCGCAGAGACUCGGAGGCGUCGAUUAAAAGGUAGGUAUGUGAUAAGAGAAGAUUAUGGUGCUUUUAUAGAGCGUUUCGAGCUGCUUCCGUUUCCUCAGCCGCCUCCUCCCGCUGCAAAACAACCUCUCUCUGGCCUGAAUUUUGCCGUCAGCGAUGUCUUUGAUGUGAAAGAGUAUGUUAGUGGAUUCGGGAACCCAGAUUGGAAAAGAACACACGAGGAAGCUGGAAAGACUGCAAUUGUUGUUACUGCAUUGUUGAAGGAUGGGGCUACUUGUGUUGGAAAAACUGUCAUGGACGAGUUAUCUUUUGGGACAACUGGAGAAAAUUCACAUUAUGGGACCCCAACAAACCCUGCAAUGCCAUCCUAUGUUCCUGGUGGAUCCUCUAGUGGUUCAGCUGUUGCAGUUGCAGCAGAGCUUGUUGACUUUGCAAUUGGUACUGAUACAAUUGGAGGAGUUAGAAUCCCAGCCUCAUUUUGUGGCAUCCUUGGAUUCCGGCCUUCACAUGGAGUUGUAUCCACAAUUGGGGUUCUCCCUAAUUCACAGAGUUUAGACACUGUUGGAAUAUUUGCUCGUGAUCCUUCUGUUUUGCAUCGUGUUGGGCAUGUUCUUCUUAGAUUGAACCCUGUUGAGCCUAGAAGGACAAGGCGAAUAGUUGUGGCUGAUGAUUUAUUUCAGUUAUCCAAAGUCCCUCAGCAGAAAACUGUAUAUAUUGUUAGCAAAGUAACUGAAAAGUUAUCUGGUUAUCAACAACCAAAGCAUAUGAAUAUUGGUCAGUAUAUUUGUUCAAAUGUUCCAGGCUUAAAAUAUUUUCAUAAUGAGGAAUCAAAUCUCCAAAAUGGAACAAAUGCUUUGAAGGCUCUUUCAUCAGCAAUGCUGUUAUUACAAAGAUAUGAAUUCAAAACCAAUCAUGAAGAAUGGAUUAAAACAGUGAAGCCCAGGCUAGGAUCUGAUGUAUCUGAUCAUAUUCAUGCAGCAAUUUCAGCUACACAUGAAAAUAUCAAAGCUUACUAUAAAGUCAGAACAGAAAUGAGAGCAGCUCUACGCAGUCUCUUAAAGGAUGAUGGAAUUCUGGUUAUUCCUACAGUGGCUGAUACCCCUUUAAAACUUGAUUCAAAGAAAGGUUUGUUGACUGAAUAUAAUGAGAGGCUAUUUGCUCUAUUAAGCAUUGCUACUAUGUCUGGCUGCUGUCAGGUCAGCAUUCCUUUUGGAAAGCAUGAAGAUUCUUGUAUUGGGGUUUCGUUUAUUGCGUUUCAUGGAUCAGAUAAAUUUCUACUUGAUACUGUUUUGGAUAUGCAUCAAUCUUUACAAGGACAAGUUAAUGCUGUUACAAGUUUGCCACCUUCUCUAGACUUGAAUGGGAAUAUGGAUGCUUCUGAAUUGUUGAAGGAAAAGGGAAAUGCUGCAUAUAAAGGAAAACAAUGGAAUAAAGCUGUGAGCUAUUACACUGAAGCUAUUAAGUUGGAUGAGUCCAAUGCUACUUUUUACUGUAACAGAGCAGCUGCAUAUUUAGAAUUAGGAUGCUUUCAACAAGCUGAGGAGGAUUGUAGCAAAGCAAUAUCUCUUGAUAAGAAGAAUGUGAAGGCAUAUUUAAGGAGAGGAACUGCUAGAGAAUCAGUUCUUUAUUACAAAGAGGCUCUUCAAGAUUUUAAGCAUGCGCUGGUAUUAGAACCACAAAAUAAGGUUGCAAAAGGGGCUGAGAAGAGGCUAAGGAAGCUAGUAAGUUGAUCUGUUUUUGGUCUUUCUUGGAUUUUGAUAAAUAAUUGAUAAACACAUUCACGGGAAAAAGAGAGAUUUAAAAUUUUACUUUUUGUAAUAUUAAUAGUAGUGUCUAACUGGCCUUUUGUGAAUUUAUGAAUACUAUAAUUGAUUUUGUGGAAUAUCAUAUUUUUACUAUUGUUAUAAAA